AUGGCCUCCUCGGGCGAUCAGUCGGGUCCUGCAGGGUCUGCGGCGGCGAAGGGGUCCAAGCUGCGGUACCCGCUGCGCUCGGCGGGCCGGGGCAAGCUGGAGCCGCCGCCAGCGGCGGCGGAUGCUCCUCCUAGCGGUCCUGCUUCGCGAAGGGCCAAACCAUCUUCAUAUGUCACCAAGAGCUGUGCUCUCGAUCUUUCUGCCGUGAAGGAUAAAUCAGCCAAACCUCCCCGGAGGCACUCAAUACCAACAAAGCCAGGUGUUAGUCCAAGGCCUACUCCUACUGGAACUAUUACUCCAGUGUCAGGGGUUCGCUCGAGGAGGGCAGACAGCCUUGGGAGGUUGGAUACCCCAACAUCUGAAGCAUCCAUGUCUACAGCAAGGCGCAAGUUCAGUACACUCUCCUCGGUCUCAUAUUGGAUGACACAGAUUAGGCUUGCAGAGGCUGCUUCGAAGCACUCUAUCUCUCUGGGCUUCUUCAAGCUUGCCCUUGAGUCAGAAUGCGAGCCUCUGGAUAGGAUGAGAGAAGAACUCAAGACUUAUGUGGCCCGGCAUGGCCUUGCAACAGAAUUGGAGGAGCCGGUGAAGGAGGUUCUUCAGGUUUAUGAUAUCGUGGAAGAUUUUGAGAAGCUAAAGAUCUCUCUGGACUCCUCGCAGGAGCCAAAAAAGUCUGACAAGGUUGCUCUUAGUGCUGCCAAUGUGACUCCAAAGGGUAAUCUGAAACCCAGGUCUCUGAACUCUGUUGCAACUCAGAGUAAAGAUGGCAAAAAAGAGAACAGUCAGAAGGAGAAGCCUGAUGCCAAGAUCAGAGGUUCCUAUAACCGGAAUCCAGCCAAAAAUGCUCCUGCAAAAGAAGCUGCCAAAAAUACCAUAAAGAAAACCAAGAAGCAGGCUAAGGAGCAGCAAGAGGAUUGCAAUGGAGGUAGUGAUGUUUCGCUGGUUGAUGCAGAUCAAGAAUCUGUUGAUGCGGUGAAGGAGAUCACAUAUGAAGAUAAGGAGAACAUGGGGGAUGCUGAGAUGGCAAUAGAUGCUGGCAACACCAUAGCCCAAGAAGUCUAG